AUGAUGCGCAUUCAGCAUUAUCGUCCCUUCAUUGUUCGACUUCCCGGUCUCGGCCUCAUCCCACUGGUGCUCAAGAAAACGUGUUGCUUGGGCUCGAUACAACGUGGAAUCUGUCGUCUGUCUGUUUUGGAUUCGUUUGAAUUAAUCGGCGAGGACUGCUACAUUUUUCUGGCUUUCAUCCUUCAGCAACGCGUCAGUGGCGGAAUUUGUCCGGCACACCUGUCUCAGAAGUACGCCAUAAUUCACCAAGGAUGCGGCCAGUUUGACGAGCUGCUACUCCAUGAGUCGACUUGCACCUGUGCCGUGCUGCAUCCACUUCGUCACAACAUGAUGCAUCAGCCAGAGAGCAGUUUGCUGCGGGAGAGAGUGCUCGGCGCCUGGGACUUCGACUCAACCUCAGUUAUGCAAAGCGUAGCUCCAAUUGCUGAUCAUUACAGUAUGCGCAUUCUCGCCAUGGCGCUUGGUAAUACAGCUGUUUUGCCCACCAAAUCAACUGGUGAUAAAAAACGACCGACGCAACGAUCGGAUGAAGGGCGAACGGUACAUGCUCGCAUACGGUAUAAUUCCUCUGAAAGUAAGAGCCGAUCAAGAAGUGCCUCACCACAUCGCGCUUCACAUUCACCCUCCUCAGAGAAACGGCAAUCGAAGCUUGAGAAACGGUCCAAAGGAGCUCAUCUAUUUGGCAUUGAACCUGUCCAGGGCAUUGAUUAUGUACCGUUGCGGCUGUUUUACGGAAGAAUUGUACUAGUGGUGCUGAACAAAGAUGCGGGCUGUAUGGCUAGUGUCGUAUCAAAGCUUACUGAGGCAUCGACAGAAAGAGUGGAAAACACGUUGCUCUUGAAGCCACCUGCCCACUGA